AUGGAAGAAGCGCAAAGGGGUGGGGUCCGCUGGUUGGACCAGGCUGUUAGUGUGAGCAAGGUAAAGAUUGGGUGUCUCGCACCGCCGGCCGUUGGGAGGGUAGAGUGGGGGCCCCUCCCCCCACAGCCCCCCCUGCCCCCUCCCAUCAACCCCCCUGCAGGGGCGACGCGGCGGGAAGGGCCUUCAGGCCAGGUGAAGUCCGGUGCCAUGGUGGGAGCCCAGCAGCUAGAGAUGCAGGCAGCAGCGGUGCCAGUGGUGGCCCCGGCAGGUGGCAGUGCUGGCGGAAGCGGUGGCGAUCACCAGUAUGAAUGUCUGGAAUGCGGCAAGGUGUUCAAGUGGUCUUCCCGGCUCAUCCACCACCAGAGGACUCAUACGGGCGAGCGCCCUUAUAAGUGCUCCGAGUGCCCCAAGGCCUUCAAGGGGUCGUCCGCGUUACUCUACCACCAGCGUGGACACACGGGCGAGCGGCCUUACAAGUGCGGCGAGUGCGGCAAAGCAUUCAAACGUUCCUCUUUGCUUCAGAUCCACCAGAGCGUGCACACUGGCUUGCGUGCCUUCAAGUGCGCUCAGUGUGGCUUGGCCUUUAAGUGGUCCUCCCAUUACCAGUACCACCUGCGCCAGCACACUGGGGAACGCCCCUACCCCUGCCCGGCAUGCGACAAGGCCUUUAAGAACUCCUCUAGCCUACGGCGGCACCGUCAUACCCAUACGGGCGAGCGUCCUUAUGUCUGCCCCAUCUGCGGCAAAGCCUUCACGCAGUCCACCAACCUGCGGCAGCACCAGCGCGUGCACACCGGCGAGAGACCCUACCGAUGCCAGGACUGCGGAAAGGCCUUUACCCACUCCUCUAACCUGGCGCUACACUGCCGAUCGGCACACGCUGCCCGCCCCGCCCACACCUGUGUGAUCUGCGGCAAGGCCUUUGCCUCGGACGCCUAUCUGCAGCGGCACUUGGAAUCCCACGCUGAUGUCGCCCCUCCGGCGCAGCUUUUCCUAGAGGAAUCGACUGCCACUGUAGAGAUGCUGUUCCGGUGCAGCGUCUGUCACCUCACCUUCCCCCUCCAGGAGCAGUUGCUGACCCACCAGGAAGUGCACCUGGCCCCGCCGGAGCCGCCACCGCUGCCGCCGCCGCCUGUGCAGGAGGAGGCGGCAACCUCCACAACACCCCCUGUGCCCUCAUUAACUUGCUCGGUGUGCAGCAAGGCUUUCAAGAGCGUGGCGGGCGAUCGCACCUACACCUGUGCAGUCUGCGAGCGCUCUUUCCCGGCACUGGCCAGCCUAUUGGGCCACCAGCGUUCCCACCCCCCAGCGGAGCAGCGGCUGGAAGAGGCGGAGGUGACGUGCCCGGCACAGGCUGAGCCAGUACCUGCCCCCACAGUGACUACGCCGCCACCCCCCGAGCGGCCGUACGUUUGCGGGGAAUGCGGGAAGGCGUUCAAGGGCUCCUCUGGGCUGCGUUAUCACCUGCGUGACCACACAGGGGAACGUCCGUAUGCCUGUGGGGAGUGCGGGAAGGCCUUCAAGCGCUCUUCCUUGCUGCGUAUCCACCAACGGGUUCACACAGGGCUGCGUGCCUUCACCUGCCCCACUUGUGGGCUGGCAUUCAAGUGGGCCUCUCACUACCAGUACCAUUUACGGCAGCACACGGGGGAACGCCCGUACGCCUGCCAGGACUGCGGGAAAGCCUUUAAGAACACCUCAUGCCUCCGCCGGCACCAGCAGCUGCAUACUGGGGAGCGUCCCUUUGCCUGCCAGACCUGUGGCAAGGCAUUCACACAGACAUCCAACCUCCGGCAGCACCAGAGAGUGCACACCGGUGAAAGACCCUAUCGUUGCCGGGACUGUGGCAAGGCCUUCACCCACUCCUCCAACCUGGCCUUGCACCGUCGGACCCAUUCGCGGGAGCGUCCCUUCCAGUGUCCGGUGUGUGCCAAGGCCUUCGUCAUGGCCUCGUACCUGCAGCGCCACUUGCGCACCCACAACAGCACUGAGACGCCCAGCCGUCCGGCCGCUCCCUCCCCUGCUGCCACUCAGGAGGUGCAAAUCGUGCCCAACCUGCAGGCCACUCUGAACGUGGAGUUGAGCAGCAGCCCAGCCCCAGCCGGCCCUUCGAACACACAAACUUUCCUGCUGGUGCAGACGGCGCAGGGCUUGCAGCUCAUCCCAAGCGUGCAGCAGCAGCAGCCGCCACCACCCCAAAGUUCCCCCCCAAAACUCAUCCUGCUGCCCAGCCCCCAAGUGAUGCCCGCAGCACCUGCUGCUCCGGCCAGCUUUACCCUGUUGCCAAGCGCCCCCAUCGCCCCGAGCAAAUCCGUCCCACUCCGGCAAGGCAAGAGCAAGAAGCCUGUUCCGCUGCCACCUCCACCGCCACCCGUGUCUGGCAGCCAGAACAUCAUUUUGAUGCCCAGCACCACUGGGCCCAGCAUGCAGCCUCUCUCUAAUGUGCAGAUCCAGAGAACUUCGGGGUUGCAGGCUGGUGGGCAGAAUGUGAUUUUCCUCCAGAGUCUGCCUGAACAGCAAAUGGGCACGGUGCAGAUCCAAGCCGUGCCGGCUGUGUCGCCAGCAACCGGCACCCUCCAGAUUCAAGCCCUGCAGCAGCCUCAGCAGAUCCAGGCCCUGCCUGCUCCCCAGCAGACUAGUACUUUCCAGAUCCAAGCCCUCCCGCAUUCUCAACAGACUGGCAUCGUGCAGAUCCAAAGCCUGCCACUCCCCCAGAACACUGUCCAGAUCCAAAGUCUGCCCACGUCCCAGCCGACGGGCACGGUACAGAUCCAGAACCUGUCCAGUUGCCCAACAACAGGCACGAUGCAGUUCCAAACUCUUCAGCCUUCCCCGAAGGUGAACACUGUGCAGUUUCAGGCUGUCUCAUCGCCCCAGCAGAUGGGGACCCUGCAGAUCCAAACCCUCAAGCCUUCCCGGCAUAUGGGCCCCCUUCAACUGCAGGCCUUGCCCUCUGCUCAGCAGACCGGGACCCUGCAGAUCCAAAACCUGUCCCCCUCAAACCAGUCUGUGACUGGUGUUGAAAUCCAGGGGCUCUCUCCUUCCCAGCAGCUGGAUGGCACUAUUCAGAUCCAGGGCUUGGUGUCUUCCCAGGAAGAGCAGCAACUCCAGCCUUCCGAGGAGAUAGCCAGCAUCCAGCUUCAGACUCUGGGCCAACCUCAGGAGAUGAGUGAGGCGGGAUCUGCUCUGUCCAGCUCCCACGAGCUCUCUGGGGUAGACCUGCAGCAGGGAUCCAGUGCAGAGGAGGAAAGCCAGAACUUGAUUGUGGUGCAGAAUUCUCCCGGGGAUGAACUGCUGGGGCCUGGCGGUGAGGUGGAGAGCCUGGAGGGGGUGCAGGACGUGCACUUUGAGACACUGCAUACUGAGGAGGGGGUGCAGAAUGUGUUGGUGCUGAGUAGCGCAGGGGGGGAGCAGACCCGCCUAUGCGUGCAGGAGGUGGAGAAUAUCCAGACAGUGCAAGAGCUCCCGGGUCUCCAGCUGCAGGGUACUGAGGGCAGCUCCGGGACUGGACAGAACCUGCUGAUCAUCCGCAGCGCUCAAGGGGAACAGACUCUCCAAGUGCUGGAGAGCGUGCCGACGCUGCAGGUGAACAGCCCGGAGAGCGCGCAACCAGCCGGUGACGGCGGCGGCACCCCUCAGAUGGUGCAGCUUUUGCAGGGCCCAGUGGCUUCGCAGGGCCUGCCCUCCAUCCAGAUUGUGCAGGCGGUCCCGAACAUGCAGCUGGUCCACACCUUCUGAAAGCGGCCAUCCCCACAACAGAGUGAGGAUGUUGAGCAAGGCCCAGGCCUGCAGUCAUUUGCACUGGGAGCACAGAUGCGACGUGGGCCCCCACACCGUGGGUUCAGCUGGAAACUUGCCGGUUCUUGCUGUAGUUGCCGGAUAGGAUGACUCCAGUCUGGGUGACUUCAAGACUUCUGGGCGGCAUUGUCACCUAUACAGGUGGGCUUGGGUGUCCCACGACAAUGUCUUGGUGUGACGGCAAACCUGUGCCCACAGGUCCAAAGCAUACCCUUGGCUCUCCCCACCCCCCUUUCCUGCUCACAUGUAGGCUGCUGCUGCUGCUUUUGACCCUGCAGCCACAGUGACCACUCCACCACCUUCACGAGUACGUAUAUGCCCUUGCAUGAGAAGAGGGGCUGGCUAGUCUAGCCCUUUGUUCUGUCAUAGGUCCACGCCUGUUUUCUGUCCUUGAAAUAUUUUGUUCUAGCAAGAACCAAAAGUUUGCACUGCCUGAUGGUUAAAAGAAAAUUAAACUCCAUGGCAGCCAGGACUCCUGGGUUUUCUCCCCCGUCUCAGACAGGGAGUACGAUUGCCGGGUAGCAGCUGGAAUCUCGGCUUCUCUCCCUUCCACAUUAUAGCUUUGGAUCAGAGUCUUCAUGACGCAGUGUGGGCUCUGCUUGGUGUAACAGAAAAAUCAGGGAAGUUCAGGUUUUGAGGUCUUCCUUUGUUUCUCAACAUUAUAGGGGGGGAUGCUGUUGGGGGCCACCUUGUGACUGGUCAUAGACUGCAUAUCUCAGCCUCACAGGU